AUGGCGGGAAAGACGACCGAGAAACCCUAUGGCAACAACAUCGAGCAGAACGCACACGUUCAACAAGGCCCAGUGUCUUCGGGAAACCAAACUCAGGGCCGUGCUAAUUCCUCAAGGCCAAAUGAGAAUGCUGCCCUUAAGGACGAGAGUACCAAACGGGAAGCCACACAAGGAAAAGAGAAUAGGAAUGUUCAUGCGUCGAGAACUAACGAACAAACUUCCGACCAGAAGACAUUUAUCAAGAAAGAUGCCACUCACGGAAGAGAAAACCAGCUAAAAGACACAACAAAACCAGACCUAAAGGGAAAGGGAAAUGACCAAAACAAUGGAAUGGCUAAAGGAAACGCCCCAAUCACCAGCGAUCGGUAUACAGUUGGAAGGACAGCGACUCCUCCACCAAAUCGACCGGCCUCGUUUGGUACAUACUCGGCCAGUCCAGAAAAGAUGUCCGAUAAUGCCGCCAGGGUUAGCAAGAAUGACCAACCAGCCGCGUCCAGCUCAGGGCCAAACAGCACCACUGUCGACAAAAUGCAGGAUAAAGCUAAACCGCAAGAUCCACGGUCUAGGGGUGAAAUGACAAACUUGUCUGCAAAGGCUUGCCAAAGAGCUGCAACGGACCGCAGUACGCCAAUAAGUAGCAGACCGUCAUCCCCCAGCAAGUUGACUACUGAAACAAAUGUUCAAUCGGCUCCACGUUCCACGUUAAAGGGUGGAAGAACGAACAACGUCAUGGAAGACGCUACCAUCGCAUCUGGGCAAUCCACGAAGGCAAAAAAGAAGACCCGUAGAGGCAGGAAGAAGAAGCAGCCAUCUACUAUGGACCAAGAGGAUGCAGCAACUGAUAAUAGUUCAAAAUCUGACGCAUCGAGCCCGACUAAGUCGGAUGCCCCUUCCAAGACAGCCACCGGGAACAAGUCAAUGGAGAUUGUAGCGGCUAGUAUGAACCCAGCGACUGUUAUCGGAAAAGUGGAUAUAGAUACGAAGGAGCAAUCGAGCAAAGGGAAUUGGGUAAGGGGCCGUGCUCCGUCUCCAGUUAAACGAGAUGGGAUUGAGCGCACUAAGAUCGACGAUGUUUUCAAUGCCAAAGCCACAGCGCCCAAGAACGAAGAGCCUGUGAAUAGUGACCAAAGCCCGGCAAACGGUGGCCGUGAAGAAGAAGCUUUCGCAGGUGUCGGCAGCGGCCAGGGUCCAAGUUUCACGAAGGCUGUUAAAAAACGAAACCGGCCGCGGCCUAGCAAGGCAGAGAAGCUUCCAAACAGGCAAGCUGCUACCCAAGCUGAUUCUCGAGGGCUUGAGAACAACACCCAAGAUAUAUAUGAAAGACCUGGACUAGAGGAUGAUACGAAUGAUCGUUCAAUGAUUAGUAUCGCGGAUAUACCUUCGGACGACGAACUUGGAGCUGAAAAAAUGGAAGAGAUCUUCGGAAGAAAUGACGUGCCUGAUUCGAGCAAGCUGGAGUGUGUUAAGGUCAUCAUGAUGAAGCAAAGCCAAAUCAUCGCGCGAAAAACUCAGCUGGUGAACAAGUAUCACAGAGAAAACGAGGAGUUGCAGGAAACAGUGGGGGAGUUAGACUCCAGUAUCUUGACUCAGGAGGACGACAACAGCGAGCAACAGGUACAAAUCGACAAGCUAAAAGCGAUGGUGGACGAAUUUCAGCGACGGCUGCAAAAUCAAGAGUCGUUCAUUAAAAUUGCCGAGCAGGACAAAUCUCGACUGGAAGAAGAACUUAAUUCUAGCUCAACAUCACUCAAGAGCAUGGAAAACGAGAGGAAGGCACUCAAAGAAUCAGUUUCCAAAAUGGAAAAGGAUAUGGUCCUGAUGCAAAAUGAUAUAGCACAGCUAAUCGGAGAAAGGCACGGGUUUCUCGCGACGAUCAGCAACUACGAAUCAGAUCGGGACAUGCUGCUGUGUCAGUUACAAAAUGGCCCUACGCAGGAAGAAAAUGUUCGUCUGCAGGCUGAGCUCCUGGAGAAAAAUGCUGAGCUCGUUGUUGCCAAUCAAAACUUCAAUGAUUUGCAGAGGGAGUAUAUAGCCCUGAAAAAACGUAGGGGGAAGGAGCAGGGGAAGCGCAGGUUAUCGGCAUUGAGUACAGAAUUGUCGCUUCUGGGGGAUGAAAAGGAGGAGGACUGGGAGCCGGACAUAGAUCAGAGCGGCGUGGAGAGAAACCCUUUCGCCCCGCUGCCGUCUUCAGUCACGACGCCUACGCUUUUCCAAUUUGGCGAACUAGCCACCUAUGGGAAUGGGGUGGAGAAGAACGAGACUAGGUUGAACAUCCUAAAGACGUUCCUGCACCAGACAGACGAGGAAGCUAAGAAUUCAGAAUCUCCUAUAUGUCUGAAUGCCGGCACUCAGACAGAAAUUAUACCGAGCACCUUGAGCUCCACACCAAAGAAUGAGCCAGAAGUGUCGGAAGCUUCGACGCAAACACCGGCAUACGUGGAACAUGGCACCCACGGCUCAACCCAGACAAACGUGGUGGAAAUGUUGGAGGCUUCCACGCAGACCAUCGCAGGGGCCGGCGUGUAUGAGCUGGGGAUGCUUGAAGCUUCCACACAGACAGUGUGCGAACUUGGUGUCUCUAGAGGGAAUCAGACAGCUAAACUGGACACUCUGGAGGCCUCCACACAGGCAGUGUGCGAACCUGGUAUCUCUAGAGGGAAUCAGACCGUUAAACUGGACAGUCUGGAAGCCUCCACACAGACAGAGGUGGGAGCGAAGGUUCAUGAAGUGAAAAUGGUGGAAGCUUCUACACAAACCGAUAUAGCGGCUGGGGUUUGCGAGACGAAAGACGUGCUGGUGCAGACGGAGCCAGUAACUGUUACUCAAGGAAGCGAACUAGCACGGAGUCUGAGACUUGCCCUCAUAAUGUUUGCUUGGGCCGCUAUAAUACUCUGGGGACAUAAGGAGGAUCAGCGAUUGUGGCUUGAUGCCAAUGGUGUGUCCCGAGCCGGCCUUGUAGGUAUGAGAGACAGGUCCCUGGGCCCAUUUCUAUGGAUAGAGCAGUUGAGGUAUGAGCUCAUUGUCUGUUUGCAGGUAGACCGGGUCCUCCCUGGAUGA